AUUCCAAUAUGGAGGGGUGGGCGAAGAUCUCAUGUUAGAAAACUAGGAAAAGGGGGGAGGAUUCCCAGUGGCCACUCUCAACGAUAGUUAUUAUACAUUAUUUAAAUGGGAAGAAAAAUCUUUAAUGUAUGUUAUAAAAAGGAAUCAGGUGACUUUUCCUCUUCACCCUCCCCCACAAGCGCUCGUGGUGCUGGCUCCGCUCCAGCCCCGCCAAGCUCCGCGGUCGCCGCGGACGGGAGCUGACUGGGGUCAACUCAGUCAUGCAGGUUGUAAGAAACGCGGGGUCUUGGCUCUUGCGGUUAUGGGUUUGGCCACCGACUACCAGGGUCACCGUGGCCGGAGUGCCGGCCUCCACCAUCCACACUAGCGCCCAGCAGAUGCAAGACGCAGGGGCCAAGCCGGAAGUUGAGAAGGCGAAGGCUCCGGCGCCAGCUCCGAGCCGCAGCAGCUUCAGCAUUUACCCUCCAAUUCCAGGACAAGAGAGCUCUCUGAGGUGGGCAGGAAAGAAAUUUGAGGAGAUCCCAAUCGCACACAUCAAAGCAUCAUACAACAACACACAGAUCCAGGUAGUCUCUGCCGCUCACCAGCCCCUUGCCCGCGCUUCCUGUGGCACGGAGGGGUUUCAGAAUGCCAAGAAGGGCACGGGCAUUGCAGCGCAAACAGCGGGCAUAGCUGCCGCGGUGAAAGCUACGGGGAAGGGUGUGACCCACGUCCGAGUUGUGGUGAAAGGCCUGGGGCCAGGGCGCUUGUCUGCCAUCAAGGGACUGACCAUGGGGGGCCUGGAAGUGAUCUCAAUCACAGACAACACCCCCAUCCCGCACAACGGCUGUCGCCCCAGGAAGGCUCGGAGGCUGUGAGGGGCAGGAAGCCUGCACCUGAACCUGACCUCAAGUCCCGCCUCCCGCUGGACCUCAUGGAAAGCACACUGUCAGAGCUCUCUCCAGGGAGGGCUUGUUCGAGACCCUUCAGGCAGUAAGGGAGAGCUCUGCCUCCUUAUGUGAUGGCCUUUGCUUGUUCCUUCGACUGGAGACCAGUUUGCCCAGAAGUGACGCCAUACCUCUCUUGGACAGGAAGGGAGCUACAGGGCAGCUGUGGCCCAGACUCCAACCAGUAAAUGCUGCAGCUGCUCUGAAAAAAAUAAAAAUAUCUACACCA